UUUACCUAAAAGAAAAUUAUGGAAGUAAUGUUCCGACUGCUACAGCUAGUACUUCAGCAUCUGCAAUGAGUAACAUCCCUACAACAUUAGUACAUGAUACCAGUACUCUCACGGAAACUAUAACUCAAGAUGUUCUUGAUGUUUCUACAAUUAGUCCUAUAUCUGGUGAUAUUCCACAUUAUACUAGUACUCAUAACAUUGCAGGUGGAAAUGAAACUUUAAUUGAUGAUCUUAAUCUUCCUACAGCUAGCAAUUCUAUAUUGAGCAACCCUAUAACAAGCGCAUUAUCAAAUAACGUUUCUGCAAACUUGAUGCACAACACUAAUACUUCUACGACAGCUCCAAGGAAAACGCUAAGUGAAGAUGUGUCUAAUAUUUGUGCUGGACUAUCAACCAUCAGAACAUCUUCUACCAGAGAAAUUUUUUUAGAUGAUGAGGUCUUUGAUCCUACGUGGAUCCAAUCUGUGGGAUAUGAACUGCGAGAAGAAGCCCAAAACCAAAAAAUCGUAUCCCAAACUCAAAGAAUCAUCGGAUUAGAAAAUCAUGUUAAAUCGCUCAUCAAUCAACGUGAUCAUGCCUUGAAGCAAAGAUCAGAACUAGAAAGAAACAUGAAUUCAUUAUCACAGAAAUAUAAUGAAACUUUAACCGAAAAUUCCGAUUUAAAAGAAACGGUGGGGCGCAUGCAUUAUGAAAAUGAGGUGCUUCAGGCAAAAAAUGAGGUGCUUCAGGCAGAAAAAUGGCUCUUGGAUUAUGAUGUCGGCAUUCUGAAAAAAAAAUUAGGAAAUGAGCAAUGA